CAGAGCGUCGCUUUGCUCUCUUUUGAGACCGAAACAAUUACAAUAAAUUUAAUAAUAUACAAGUGUACAGAAAAGUAAUUUUCUGUAUGUAUCAGCUUAUGAAUAUCUACAGAAAAACUUGAAACUGGCGAUCUUAAGAAUCCACCAACAUUUGAAAACUCCUUAUAUCAUUAGCAAUAUUUUUAUAUUGCAUCUGUUGCUAUUCGGCCAUAUUUAACUUAAAACUAUUAAAAAUCUAGUCAUCUGGAAUUUUGUUUAUAAUUAAUAGUUUAUAACUAUGAUGUCUUUAAACAACUUACCUGCAGCCGAUGAUGCUGCCGAUAAUAAAAUUCCAUCUUCUGUGAAUGAUACAUCAGGUGAAACACCUGUCAAAAAAGGUAAAAAAGAGAAAGCACCUGGUAAAAAACGUGUGAGAAAUGAAAUGAACCACAAAACGAAAUUAAGAAAGUUUUUGAGGAAUACAGGUCAAGAAUAUAUCACUAAAAAAGGGAAAGUUGUCAAAGCAAAGGUUUUCGAAGAUAAGGAUUGUGGUUGUUCAAAGCGUUGUAACUCCAAGAUUACUUGUGAACAGCGACAGAAAUGCUUUGAUAAAUUCUGGAAAAUGGGAGACUUUUCAAAACAAAAUGCAUAUCUCAGUGGCUUAGUUACUCGAGAAGCAGUCAAACAACAUCGUCCCCGAACUAACUGUAAAAAUCGUGGUCCCAAAGGUGUUACAUAUCAGUAUCGCAUCAAUGUGGGUAGAAUAAGUCGUCAGGUGUGUAAAGUGUAUUUUCUAGACACAUUUGUGGUAUCAAAUGGGAGAUUGGCUAGAGCUCUGAGGAAAGAAGAAAAUGAAAGAGAACCAGGAGAAGAUCUGCGAGGGAAGAAGACCCCAGCAAAUAAAACAAGUGAAGAAAAUUUAAAUAGGGUUCGUGAUCAUAUCAAUAGUUUUCCUCGAUUUGACAUCCAUUACCAACAGAAUCCAAAAGGAAAAUUUCUCAAACCAGAUUUAAAUGUAAAAAAAAUGUAUGGAAUGUACCUGUUAGAGUGCCAAAUGAAAAAUGUCUCCUAUGUAAAAGAAAAUAUUUAUCGAACUGUGUUCAAUGAGGAAUAUAAUCUUACUUUCUUGUCACCACGUAAGGACCCUCUAUUGCUGCUCAAUCCAGAUAGACCUAAGAUGCAAAAGCCACGUAAAAAGAAUCCAUCAAAAGCACUUACUAUUAGACCAGAAAAUAAUACUCUACAAACUAUGCCAAUCUGCCCACCUGAUAAUACAGUUCCUAUGAGACCUCCUCAAAGGUGUAAUAUGCCACCACAAUUGUUUUGCCCAACUGAUAAUGCAAAAUGUUCAUAUAAUGCACCUAUAACUACUACAAGCCUUCAUCAAGAAAAAGACACUAUGUAUGCACCUGCUUGUCAGGGAAUGCUAGGUGGCGGGCCACCAUUUUAUCAUCAGGAACAAGGGCCCCCAUCAUUUCACAAUCAAACUCCUAGUUUCUUUAAUUUAUAGUGAAUAAAAAUCCCAACUAGUUUUUCUUAUGAGCUCAAACUAUUUUGUUUAUUGUUUUGUUAAAACAGUUAUCUUAAAUUAUUUUGUUUUUGUUACUUUGUAUCAUUUUUUUAAAUCUCUGCCAUAUUUAUUAUAUUUCUUUAUAGAUGUUUAGUAUUUUGUUAUGUAUUUGUCUUUACAUGUUUUCAUCUAGUGUGUCUUGUUAUUCAUCUGAAAUUUUAUUUUGCAUUUUUAUGACAUUUGCUUGGUAUUUUUAUUAGAAAAAUGGAUACACAUUUUAAUCAUUUAAAAAAAAAAUUGUGCUUUUUACCAUAUAGAUACCUGAAUUAUCUUUCAAAGAACAAAAUUUUUGUACUGUCAUAUAAUGUAUUCUGAUCUCUAUAUUUAAUACAAUUCCCGGUGUGUUAUUUAAGUUUUUUUAUAUACUUUAGAACUUUAUUUCUUUUAUUCUUAUCAUCUUUUCUGUACAAGUAGAAAAAUAUUUUAAUGGAACAAUUAAAUGAAAUGUUGUAAUAAGAAAUAAUUUUGUAAGCUUAUUUUUGUCCUAAAAAGAACAUAGAAUCAAAUUCAUCUGUGGUUGUUAAGCUGUUUUGGAAAUAAAGGAGUAAUAAAUGAAAACAGAGGAAUAAAUGGAGUCAAAAGAAAAUAUUAAUAAAAUAAACCUUUCUGAAAAUCAACUUGUACUGUACUGCUGUUAUUUUGAAUCUAGCAGACAGAUUAUCAACUUUUAAUAUCCUAUUCUAAAACACGCAAAAUGUAUGCCAAAUUCUCUAAUUAUCCAACAAAUUUUAUUUACUCAUUUAAUAUGCAAGUGAUAUUCCAUGUUAGUAUUUACGCUUGGCAACAGAUUCUAUGGAACUAACAGAAAGUAUCAGCAGUUUUAAUUGUAUAAAAUCAAUAUCAAAUUAUUCGUAGGAGCUUUAUUAUAUUGAUUUCGAAUUUUGUGCUAACUCCCUUUUUAUUUUCACGCCUCUUAUUAUUGUGACAAAUUUAAUGUAAAAAUACAGUUAUUCUAUAUUUUUUCUUCUCAUUGUAUAGAAACUCGUAAUGUAGGUGAAAAAAUCGAAACUCAUGUGGGUAAAGUUUCAGAAUAUGAGCAAAUUGAUUUUUCAAAUUUGGAUUUCUAUAAAUGAAGAGUAUUAAUAAAUCUCAAUUGAGAAUUUAGCAUACAAAAACAUCUUUUAAACAUUUUUCUGUAUUAAGUUGAAUUAAAUUUAUUUCCUUUUCAGUAAUUUGCAUUGAGAUUUUAUAAUAUUUUUUUUUUUUACUAAAAAGAAUUUUUUAAGUGUAUCAUAGGAUUUUGCAAUUUUAUUACAAAAAAAAAAUGUUAAGAUUUUACAGGUGUUAAC